CCCACACUCCGCUCUGGGCCUGGGAGCCCCUAACCCGAGACCCAGCUGAGGGAGCUGCAGCUGAGAGCAGCAGGAUGGUGCCCUGGGCGGACACACUGCAGCGGCUUCGGGAGACGGUGAGCACGGGGCGAGCAAAGCCGGCCGAGUUCCGGAGGGUGCAGCUGCAGGGCCUGGAACGCUUCCUGAAUGACAACAAACAGCUGCUGCAAGAGGCGCUGGCCGAGGACCUGCGCAAGUCUGACUUUGAGUCUGAGGUGUCUGAGAUUAGCAUCAGCCUGGCCGAGGUCAAGUUGGCGCUCAAGAACCUGCGGGCCUGGAUGAAAGACGAGAAGGUGUCUAAGAACCUGGCCACGCAGCUGGACUCGGCCUUCAUCCACAAGGAGCCCUACGGCCUGGUGCUCAUCAUCGCGCCCUGGAACUACCCCAUCAACCUCACGCUGGUGCCGCUGGUGGGCGCGCUGGCUGCAGGGAACUGUGUGGUGCUGAAGCCGUCUGAGAUCAGCAGGAGCACCGAGAAGGUUCUGUGCGAGGUACUGCCGCGCUACCUGGACCCGAGCUGCUUCGCGGUGGUAUUGGGGGGCCCCCAGGAGACGGGUCAGCUGCUGGAGGAGAAGUUCGAUUACAUCUUCUUUACGGGGAGCCCACGCGUUGGCAAGAUCGUCAUGAGCGCGGCCGCCAAGCACCUGACCCCCGUCACGCUGGAACUGGGGGGCAAGAACCCCUGCUACGUGCACGAUGACUGUGACCCCCAGACCACGGCGAACCGCGUGGCCUUCUUCCGCUUCUUCAACGCGGGCCAGACAUGCGUGGCCCCUGACUACCUGCUCUGCAGUCGGGAGAUGCAGGAACGGCUGCUGCCCGCCCUGCAAAGCGCCAUCACCCGAUUCUUUGGCGCCGACCCCCAGGUCUCCCCCGAUCUGGGCCGCAUCAUCAGCGACCGGCACUUCCAGCGGCUGCAGGGCCUGCUGCGCUGCGGGCGCGUGGCCAUCGGCGGCCAGAGCGACCCUCAGGACCGCUACAUAGCCCCCACAGUGCUGGUGGACGUGCAGGAGACAGAGCAGGUGAUGCAGGAGGAGAUCUUCGGGCCCAUCCUGCCUAUCGUCAUGGUGGGCAGCAUGGACGAGGCCAUCGAGUUCAUCCGGAGGCGGGAGAAGCCGCUGGCCCUGUACGCCUUCUCUCAGAGCAGCCAGGUAGUGCGGCGGGUUCUGGCCGGGACCAGCAGUGGGGGCUUCUGUGGGAACGACGGCUUCAUGCACAUGACCCUUGCCAGCCUGCCUUUCGGGGGCGUGGGGGCGAGUGGCAUCGGACACUAUCACGGCAAAUUCUCCUUUGACACCUUCUCCCACCAUCGCGCCUGCCUGCUGCGCCCCUCGGGGUUGGAGAAGGUGUAUGGACUUCGCUACCCGCCCUACUCACCCGGAAAGCUGCGGCUGCUGCUCACGGCCAUGGAGACCCCCGGAUGCAGCUGCACCCUGCUCUGAUAAUGUGGGGUGCAGGGACCACGACCCACCUUGCUCUGAGGACUCGGGGCAAGGGGACUGCACUCCAGCCUGUUCUCGGGAUGCGGGGCUGAGAACCUCGGGGGACUGGGACCGUACUCCAGCCAGCUCUGAGCCC